CUGGCGGCUGGCGACGUGGGGCGAACCGGAAAGGAAACACGAGCCGGACGGGGCGAGGGCUGCCGUGGUAAAUAGGGCGGGAGCAAUGGCGGCCCCGGGAACUUCGUCCCCACCUACCCCUGCGCCAGGUGGCGUCUUGCGGGGAGGGGGAUGGGAACCUCUGGACCCCACUCCAGAGCCCAAGCAGCUCCCAGAGCUGAUUCGCAGGAAGAGAGAUGGAGAGCGCCUGAGUGAGGAGGAUAUCAGGCACUUUGUGCGUGCGGUGGUGGACGGCAGUGCACAGGAUACACAGAUCGGGGCCAUGCUCAUGGCUAUCCGACUGCGGGGCAUGGAUCUGGAGGAGACCUUUGCAUUGACUCAGGCCCUCGCCAAGUCUGGUCAACAACUGGAGUGGCCAGAGGCCUGGCACCAGCAGCUGGUGGACAAACAUUCCACAGGGGGCGUGGGUGACAAGGUCAGCCUGGUCCUGGCACCUGCCCUGGCUGCAUGUGGCUGCAAGGUGCCAAUGAUCAGCGGACGUGGUCUGGGGCACACAGGUGGUACCCUGGAUAAGCUGGAGUCCAUUCCUGGAUUCAGUGUCAUCCAGAGCCCAGAACAGAUGCAAAUGCUGCUGGAGCAAGUGGGCUGCUGUAUCGUGGGUCAGAGUAAGGAGCUGGUCCCUGCGGAUGGACUCCUGUAUGCAGCUCGAGAUGUGACAGCUACGGUGGACAGCCUGCCACUCAUCACAGCCUCGAUCCUCAGUAAGAAGGUCGUGGAAGGACUAUCGGCUCUGGUGGUGGACGUUAAGUAUGGUGGAGCCGCAGUCUUCCCUGACCAGGAGCAGGCCAGAGAGCUGGCAAGGGCACUGCCAAGCUUUCCCCGACCUCAUCCUGGCGGGACUGGCACCCAGGAUGCGCCAGGGCUGGAGUAUGACGAUGGGCUACAGGAGACCCACAAGUCCUCCAUCCGGAGCCUCCCUUUACAGGUUGGAGUGGGGGCGGGCCUAGGGAUGAGGGUGGCCGCCGCGCUGACCGCUAUGGACAACCCCCUGGGCCGCAGCGUGGGCCACGCCCUGGAAGUGGAAGAAGCGCUGCUUUGCCUGGAUGGGGCGGGGCCGCGGGACCUGCGAGACCUGGUCACUCAGCUCGGUGAGCGGGGUGGAGAGGGCCGAGCCCGGGCUGCUCAUCGCCGUGGGCGCAUGCGCUGUGGCGGCGAGCGUGGCCGUGGGCUUCUGCACCAGGUACGGGUGUCUGGGCCGGGGAAGCGACCCACACGGCCUCGCGGUUGGUGUAGCGCCUGCUUCUAG